AUGGAAGGGAUCGUGCAAGCUCAGCGAAGCAGAGUGCAGCAUUGUGGAGCUCAGCUGUGAUUGGCCCAGGAGAAGGCAGGGCAAUCAGCCUGCCCCGGUUCACAGCAGCGCUCUCUGUUCCCAGUCGGUAGAGAAGUUGAUGCUGCCGGACAAGUGGUGGGCGCUCAGAGGAGGUGACGCUGCGUGGCUAUUUUGGUCCCGGUGUCAGACGGCAGUGUUGCCCCAUGCAGGACUCCGCUGAUGGCUAGGGGGAGCGGGGGGUGUGAAGAGCUCGGCAGAAGCAUGUCGGGGCCAGAGAAGAGCGAGGGACCCGCGUACCGACUCUACUUCUUCUCUGCCUCAUUCCAGCGGUCGAACAGCCAUGAUAAAGUGAGAAAGAUUGUGGCAGAGGAGGGACGUGCCGCUCGCAACCUUAUCGCCUGGAGCGUACCCCUGGAAAACAAGGAAGAGGAAGGAAAGUCAAAGGUUCACAGCAAUGCAAGAUCCCAGCGAAUCAAUUCUGGACAGCACAGGAAUAAAAAACAGCCUGCAGGUCUGGAGUGUAAGGCAGCAGCAGGGGCCAUGUUGGAGAAAGGAGCAGAGAAGAGCCCUACCAAGGCCAGGCAGCCACGCAAGAUUGACCUGAGGGCGCGCUACUGGGCCUUUUUGUUUGAUAACCUGCGCCGUGCUGUGGAUGAGAUCUAUGUGACGUGUGAAUCUGACCAGAGUGUUGUGGAGUGUAAGGAGGUGCUGAUGAUGUUGGACAACUAUGUACGGGACUUUAAAGCGCUCAUCGACUGGAUCCAACUGCAGGAGAAGCUGGAGAAAACUGAUGCGCAGAACAGGCCCACAUCUUUGGCAUGGGAGGUUCGCAAGAUGUCCCCGGGCCGUCACGUUAUGUCCAGUCCUACCACAGACCGCAUAGUUCCAUCUCCGGGUGUGCGCCGCUCUCUCAACUUUGGGGGUCCUCCUCCCACUCUCGCAGUAGCACGUCUCUCCCACUCUGGCCCCAGCUGGGCCGACCGGGUGAAAUCCUCUCAGGCCCUGCCUGCGCCCGGCCAGACCACAGGCACCGCAGAGAAACCAGGCAAAACGGACGCAGAGGGCUGGGAGACAGUGCAGCGCGGCCGCUCCAUGAGGUCUCGCUCCGUCGCCAUGGUGGCCAAGGUCAGCCCCGUCCUGGCCCACGUCUCUCCCAAGGCCGGCGGGGAGACGGUGAACGGACAGCUGCCAGCUGCGUCUCGGGGCAACGCGCAGGGGCCAGGGGACAAGCGGAAACCCGACAAGCUCGUCUCCCCGGAGCAAAAGUCCGAGUGUGAGAAGGCCCCUGCCGUGGAGCCCCCAUCAGACAGGGAUCAAGAGCCCAGACAAUGUGUUGCUGCUACCCCCGACCAAGUACGGCCCCCCGUGUCAGAACCUCUUCCUGCUCCUCCUUCACCCCAAACCCAAACUCCAGCCCCAGUCCCAGAGCCUCCUCCAUCCUCUUCCCAGCCAGAGGAGCCGGGGGCUCAGCCGGCUGCUGGGGGGCCGGAGCUGCUGGGGGCAGUGUGGCGGGUCACGGCACCAUCUGCUGCUGGAGCCGCAGAAGCAGCGGUGGCCCGUAUUCCCCCGGCGGGGCUGAAACUGGAGAGCAUGCUGGACCCCACAGAACUUUCCACCCCCCAGUCCAUGGCCGAGGUCCUGGCCAAGAAGGAGGAGCUAGCCGACCGUUUGGAAAAGGCCAACGAGGAGGCCAUUGCCAGCGCCAUCGCCGAAGAGGAGCAGCUGACCCGUGAGAUCCAGGCGGAGAACAGCGAGCUGGAGCGAGACAGCGACUUCUCUGCGAGCAUCGGGGGUGCCGGUUGCGGACUGAACCUAGACUGGAGCGAGAUGUUGGCUGACUACGAUGCGCGCGAGCCCUGGCGUCAAAGCACCUCGUGGGGGGACAUAGUGGAGGAGGAGCCCGCUCGGCCCCCCGGCCAUGGCAUCCACAUGCAUGAGAAGCUCUCCUCACCCUCCCGCAGGAGAACCAUUGCUGAGUCUAAGAAGAAACAUGAAGAGAAGCAGCUGAAAGCUCAGCAGCUGCGGGACAAGCUGAGGGAGGAGAAGACGCACAAACUGCAGAAACUUCUAGAAAGAGAAAAGGAGGUGAGGAAGUGGAAGGAGGAGCUGCUGGAUCAGAGGAGGAGGAUGAUGGAGGAGAAGCUCGUCCACGCCGAGUUCAAGCGGGAACUGCAGCUACAGGCCAUCGUGAAGAAGGCUCAGGAAGAGGAAGCCAAGGUGAACGAGAUCGCGUUCAUCAACACCCUGGAGGCGCAGAAUAAGAGACACGACGUGCUGGCCAAGCUGAACGAGUACGAGCAGCGUCUCAACGAGCUGCAGGAGGAGCGUCAGAAGAGGCAGGAAGAGAAGCAGGCCCGAGACGAAGCCGUGCAGGAACGCAAGAGGGCCCUGGAGGCGGAGCGCCAGGCGCGGGUGGAGGAGCUGCUGAUGAAGAGGAGAGAGCAGGAGGCGCGCAUCGAGCAGCAGCGGCAGGAGAAGGAGAGGGCGCGGGAGGACGCGGCCCGCGAGAGAGCCAGGGACCGGGAGGAACGCCUGGCUGCCCUGAGUGCUGCUCAGCAGGAGGCCAUGGAGGAGCUGCAGAAGAAGAUCCAGCUGAAGGCACGUCGCCUCCCUCCUCUUCCACACACUGGCCUAAUCUCAUCUCGCCCCUUGCCGCACGACGAGAGCAGCCGCCGGCACAUGGAGCAGAUCGAGCAGAGGAAGGGGAAGGCAGCGGAGCUGAGCAGCGGCCGCCACGCCAACACGGACUACGCGCCCAAGCUCACCCCCUACGAGCGCAAGAAACAGUGCUCCCUCUGCAGCGUCGUGAUCACCUCCGAGGUGCACCUGUUCAGUCACACUAAGGGCAAGAGGCACCAGCAGGCGGUGCGGGACAGCAGCAGUAUCCAGGGACGGGAGCUGUCUGACGAAGAGGUGGAGCACCUGUCUUUAAAGAAAUACAUAGUGGACGUGGUGACAGACAGCACUCUGACCCCAGAGAGCCCGCGGGACAGAGAAGAGAAGCAGAAAGCUCGGAAAAAGGCCAAGAAGCUCCGUGCACGGAUGAACUCGAGGGCUAAGGAGUAUGAGACAUCCAUGGAGUCUAAGAUGCAAAUUCUGGAUUCUCCUUACAAGGCCAAGUUGCAACGCUUGGUGAAGGACCUGGGGAAGCAGUUGCAGGGGCAGGACAGUGGCCAGUGGGCCAGUAACAAAGUGUCCGGCUUAGACAGGACCCUUGGUGAGAUCUCCCGCAUUCUGGAGAAACAGAAUAAUGCAGAUCAGGUAGCCUUCCAGGUGGGAGGGGGUCUGUCUGCCCUGGAACAGAUCUUGCAGGUUGUCAUGGUAGCCUCCACUCCUACAGCCGUCCCACGCAUUCCACUCAGGUCUCUGUGUACUGCUGUGAAUGUGUAUUACCUGGCCUGCUCCCACUGCUCCACCAACUGCUGCUACGUUUUCUACAGUAACAGAAUCGCCCCGCUCCUGGACCUUGUCCUGCACCAGUUAACGCUCUACGUUCCAGACGAGGACAGGUCCAUCUUCGGCCGCGGCGUCAACAAGCAGGUGUUUGAGGGCUUGAUCACGGGCCUCCUCCAGACCACGGCAGCGGUGCUGAGCCUCCUGCACCCCUCCGGGCCGGAGGCCGGGAGGACCUCGCCACGCAGCUGCUCUCCGGAUGCCAAGAGCAAGCCCGCCCCCAGCGAGAACUUCACCACCCGCGCGCAAGACCUGCUCAGCUACGUGGUGAACAUGGGUCUGCUUGACAAGCUGUACGGCUGCUUCCUGUCAGUACAAGGCCCGAUCGAUGAGAGCCCUAAAAUAUCCGCCUUUCUGGAGCAAGCUACAUCUCUCCUCCAUGCAACGUGCAAACUGUGCUUUUCUGUGAUGGGCCGCUCGGCCAGCAUCUUUGACGACAAGCGGCAGGACGCGACAGGGCUGACGCCGCUGCUGCAGAGCCUGGACCUGGUGGGCGUGCUGCACAUGCUCUACUGCAUCCUGCUGCACAGUGGCCUGCCCGAGCCCCAGGGCGCGGGGCCCGCCAUGGCCCCGGAGCUCUACGGCCCGACCGUGGUGCGGGUGGCCCUGCAGGCCCUGCGCUUCCUCAACUGCUACGCCCUGCUAAACCUCGCUGCCUUUCAGUCUGUUCUGGGAGCUGAGGGACUGUCUCUGGCCUUCAGACACAUCGUUAGCUCCUUGCUGUGGUACUGUUCUCAGAAUAGCUCUGAAGAGCUUCUGCAUGAGAUCAUCAUCUGCGUGGGCUACUUCACCGUAAACCAUCCGGACAACCAGGUGAUCGUGCAGUCUGGCCGGCAGCCCAGCGUGCUGCAGAAACUGUGUCAGUUGCCGUUCCAGUACUUCAGCCACCCGCGGCUCAUCAGGGUCCUCUUCCCCACCCUCAUCAGUGCCUGCUACGACAACCCCCACAACAAGGUCAUCCUGAAACAGGAAAUGAGCUGCGUACUGCUGGCCACCUUCAUACAGGACUGUGCCUCAAGCGACAGCCAGACAGACAGCAGGCCCGCACAAGAAAAGAGCUCCGCUCCGCUGGAUUACUGCGAGCUCCCCAACCGCUUCCCCAGAGACCAGUGGGACUGCGCGCUCCACUUCUUCCUCAGUGAGCAGCAGGAGGAGUGAGCCGGAGGAGUGAACACUGCAGCACACACACAAAGCUGCAACACGAUGUGCUCAAGUGCCUGCUCCAGAUGAUAGGAGCACACACUAGAGUAUACACGCUGCCACACAGCCAUUCAUACCAGCAUAUUACACUAAACACUACAACGCUUCAUCAGAAAACAAGGAAGUUCGCGUUCCACUUUACUUCAUCAUAAGUGGGCCUUUGGCCAAGUCUAACAAAUGUGACCCCUACAUAUGUAGCAAAUGAUGUUUGGUUCCAUUUUGUUAGGUCUCCUUAAUAACAGUGCUCUAACAAAAUACUGACACCUUAAAUGCAGCUUAAUGUUUUGGAAGUGCAAUGUUAACAUCACACACUGUAAUAACAUACUGAUUAAACAAUGAAGGCAUUUAUGGGAAGUAUAACAAGUUGUUUGAGUGUAUGAACAUGUUUCUUGUGUAAAUAUAUGUUAUUCGGAACGGUCAUUUAAAAUGCCAGCUGUUUUCUUCGGGAAUAAUACAUCUGCAGAUUUCUGGAAGGGACAGUAGUUUCUGAUCAUCUCUGAAGUUGUACGUUGUUGUGUUUUAUCAAUUUCAGGUUUGUAUUUUGUUUUGUAAAUAAAAGAUAUUGGAAAAAAUAUUUCUGAAAUGAUAACAAGGACUCGCAGUGUUCAGAGAGUCCAGGGACUUGACUGUUCUGAAAAAACUGCAAUGCAUAAAAAAGAACUGAAGACUGUUUGCUGGACUUGAUAUGUUUUGAGUCUAGAUUUCUUAACUGUUUUCAUAUGUAUAAUUUAUACUGGCUGAGUAUUAGGACGUGUAUAUAAACAUAAUUCAAUUUGCACAGACUCUCAUACCAAUUUUUUGGUUGUCUCUGUUCAUGUUUUCUUUGUGCCUUCCACUGAGGUGAAGCACCUAUAAUUUAAGGAAUUGCUUUUUUUCACAUUUAAUAAAAUAUUUAAAGCAUU